AUGAGUUUUGUGAGAUCCUGGAGAGUCUGGCUUCUCCAUUCCCUGAUUGUUGUUGUCCUGAACCUCUUUCAGGGGGAUGCCCACCCACAGUGCCUGGACUACAGGCCUCCUUUCCAGCCUCAGGAGUCGCUGCUCUUCUGCAAAGAGUAUGCCAAGUUUGGAUGCUGUGACCGGGAACGGGAUGACCAGAUUUCCAGACAGUUUUACCAAGUCAUGGAAUACUUUGAUCACUCUGGAUUUAUGGCCUGCGGGAAGUACAUCCGCAACAUUCUGUGCCAGGAAUGCUCUCCAUACGCAGCUCACCUGUACGAUGCUGAGGAUGCUAACACUCCAAUGCGUGAGCUUCCUGGCCUGUGCCGUGGCUACUGCAACGAAUACUGGAGUCACUGCCGCUACACUCUCAGCCUGCUCACAGAUAAUAACAUCACCGUCAUCAUCGAGGAGGACCAAAAUAAAUUCUGUGACUACUUGGAGCUCAAGGACCCAGAAUACUGCUAUCCCAAUGUUCUCAGCAGCGCAGAGCUAAACGCCAACCUGGGAAACGUCCAGUCCGACCCCAAGGGAUGCAUUCAGCUUUGCCUACAGGAAGUCGCAAAUGGUCUGCGCAAUCCAGUUGCAAUGGUGCACGCGAAUGAUGGCACACACCGGUUCUUUGUAGCCGAGCAGCUGGGAUACGUCUGGACGUAUCUGCCGAACGGCUCAAGGAUUGACAGGCCCUUCCUGAACCUCACCAAGGCCGUGUUGACGUCACCGUGGGCUGGGGAUGAGCGUGGAUUUCUUUGUAUUGCCCUGCACCCCAGGUUCAGCAUGGUUAAAAAGGCAUAUGUGUAUUACUCUGUGUCUGUCAACAAGCAGGAGAGAAUAAGAAUCAGCGAGUUUCUUUUGUCGAACACGGACAUGAACAUGCUGGAUCACUCGUCUGAGAGGACGCUGCUGGAGGUUGUGGAACCAGCAGCAAAUCACAACGGAGGCCAGCUGCUGUUUGGUUUGGAUGGCUACCUUUAUAUCUUCAUAGGAGAUGGAGGCAGAGCAGGAGACCCCUUUGGCCGAUUCGGAAACUCCCAAAAUAAGUCCACUCUGUUAGGCAAAGUUCUUCGCAUUGAUGUGGACAACAAUGAUUACAGUGCCGCCUACAGCAUCCCCUUUGAUAAUCCUUUUAUAGGAGAGAAGGGUGUAAAGCCAGAGAUCUAUGCCUAUGGUGUCAGAAACAUGUGGCGCUGCUCCAUAGACAGAGGAAACCCGACUACAGGAUUGGGACAGGGGCGCAUGUUCUGUGGUGAUGUGGGCCAGAACAAGUAUGAGGAAGUGGAUAUUAUUGAAAAAGGUGGAAACUAUGGAUGGAGAGCAAAGGAAGGCUUCUCCUGUUAUGACAGAAAACUGUGUUUAAACUCCUCUUUGGAUGAUAUUCUGCCAAUUUUUGCUUAUCCACAUAAACUGGGGAAGUCUGUGACUGGGGGCUAUGUCUACAGGGGCUGUGAGAUGCCGAAUCUGAAUGGUCUCUACAUAUUUGGAGAUUUCAUGAGCGGGCGACUCAUGUCUCUAAAAGAAAACCCAGACAGUGAAAGGUGGGAAUACACCGAGAUAUGCAUGGGCAAGGAGAGGACAUGUCGGUUUCCCAAACUAAUUAACAGCUACUACAAAUACAUCAUAUCGUUUGGUGAAGACGAGGCAGGUGAACUCUACUUCCUAGCCACAGGAACCCCAAGUGCAGCUUCCAGAGGUGGAUUGGUCUACAAGAUAGUGGAUCCAUCCAGGAGAGCACCUCCAGGCAAAUGCAGCGUUAAGCCCACACCGGUUCAGAUAAAAGGCAAACUGAUUCACUUCCACCCUAAGGAGGAGUAUGUAAUUGACAAGAAACCUACAACAACUGCUGCUCCUAGGACCAAACCAACAACUAAACCCAGGUUAGCCACAGUCCAAGCUUCGAUAGGAACCUCAAGAAAGUCUGCCACUGCAAUGCCACGAAUUCCUGCACCAACACAGAAGUCCCAUGCAUCAACUCAAAAGCCUAAACUUCAGGUUCCUCAUUCAAAGCCGACCUUCAGACCAGUCCCGACCUAUCCUACUAUUCCUAGAACAACUCUGAAAGUAAGAUCUGGCCACACACCUGAUAUAGCGAACACACCCAGAUCUCAAAUUCCUAAUACCAUGCCUCAUAGGACUUUCCCACCAACUAGAUCAGGAACAUCCAACAAACAACCAUACAACCCCAGCAACACCCAGCCACACUGGACUGCACCUCCCACCACAGCCUCACCAAUAUACUGGACCUCUCCCUUCUUAAGGUCUGCACAUACUACUUUCACCCCUGAAGUGUCAACAGUCUUAUCUCGUAGGAAAGGUAGGGGCAGGAAAAAUGGGCACAGGCGAGGUAAAGGAGGUCGUAGGAGGUCUCGGAAUGGCCUGGUCAGGCUGGUCAAUCCUGAUGACCUACUGGAUCGUGGACGAGUGGAGAUUUUUAUCAGGGGUGAGUGGGGUACGGUGUGUGAUGACCUGUUUGACAUUAAGUCAGCAUCAGUGGUGUGCAGACAACUGGGCUUCUCAAGAGCAGUGAGGAUCGCCAAGCCGGGUGAAAUGGGUGUGGGGAGUGUCGGCCUCAGGAUCCUCUUGGACGAUGUUGAAUGCGAAGGAACCGAGAGGACAUUGUUGCAUUGCAAACAUGCAACAAUUGGUAAACACAACUGUGCACAUGCAGAGGAUGUAGGGGUCGUUUGUGGUUAUAAUGAGGAGUAUGUUUAGAAGUGACAGGUUUUCCCAAAGCUGCUCUUUAACGGGUGGGGAAAUUGGGGCUGUUUUU